UCCGAGCGCUGUGGAAGGACCUGCCUUGUCAGGCUGAAGCAGGACGGAUCCCAACCCUCCCUUCUCCACCACGGCUUGGUUUCCAAGCCGUUUUCAGGCAGAUGCCAGGAUGCCGAUGGAUCCUGGGUCUGCGUAGCACAACUGCAAGGCGGUAAAGCAGAGCUCAAGAGCAUGGUGAGCUGGUGUCACGCCAAUAAACAAACUGGUUCCUCAGAGAAGCCAGGGACAAGCUCUAGUUUUAUGCCCUAAAUGCGUUCUGCUGGAAAAAUUACCAUAGUCCCAGAAGUGUAGGCAAGAGAUGGCAAACACCUUUUGCCUGGUUUUUAGAGUAUCAGUGGGAAAAAACCCUGUGUUUAAAGGCUCCACCUUCCAUAUUCUCUUUCAAGGAAGUGAAGGAAAACGGCCAAACCACAAGACCUUGAGCCUCCCGAAGCGGUUACACCCCUGUUUUGCCAGGAACCCGUAAUCCUGCUUUUGUUUUUCUGAGCAGAGAGCUGAGAUGCAGUACCUGCUGUGGGAUGCUCUCUGGAGCAUUGCCUUUGGCAAACUGGGUGGGCCUUGGCACUGAGACUUGCUCUUAUUCCCCCCAGGUCAAUGUUGGGUGCGUGCCAAAAAAGGUGAUGUGGAACACGGCUGUCCACGCGGAGUUUGUCCACGAUCACGCUGAUUAUGGCUUUGAAACAUCGGGUGUCAAGUUUAACUGGAGGACCAUCAAGGAGAAGCGUGACGCGUACGUGCGGCGCCUCAAUGACAUCUACGAGAGCAACGUUAAGAAGGCUCGCAUUGACAUCAUCCGGGGCUACGGCAAGUUCACCGCGGAUCCCCAGCCAACCGUGGAAGUGGACGGGAAAAAGUACACGGCUCCUCACAUCCUGAUAGCCACCGGGGGCCGCCCGGCUGUCCCUUCUGACAGCGAGGUUCCCGGCGCCAGUCUGGGGAUGACCAGUGACGGCUUCUUCGACCUGGAGGAGCUGCCCAGGCGCAGCGUCAUUGUCGGGGCUGGCUACAUCGCGGUGGAGAUCGCGGGGAUCCUCUCCACGCUGGGCUCCAAGUCAUCCCUGCUCAUCCGUCACGACCAGGUCCUGCGAACCUUUGACUCCCUGAUCAGCUCAAACUGCACCCAGGAGCUGGAGAACACCGGGGUGGAUGUCUGGAAGCACACACAGGUCAAGAGGGUCUCUAAAUCUUCGUGUGGGCUGCUGGAUGUGACGGUGACCUCGGCGGUGCCCGGCCACAAGCCGACCGAGGGGGUGAUCCGGGACGUGGACUGCCUGCUGUGGGCCGUGGGGAGGCAGCCCAACUCUGAGGGGCUGUGCCUGGACCGAGUGGGCGUGCAGGUGGACCCCCAGGGCCACGUGGUUGUGGAUGAGUACCAGAACACCACCAGGAAAGGGAUCUACGCGGUCGGGGAUGUCUGUGGGAAAGCCCUCCUCACUCCAGUGGCCAUCGCAGCUGGCAGGAAGCUGGCCCACAGGCUCUUCGAGGGCAAGCAGGACUCACGGCUGGACUACGAGAACAUCCCCACGGUCGUUUUCAGCCACCCGCCCAUCGGCACCGUGGGGCUCACUGAAGAGGAGGCUGUGGCCAUACAUGGGAAGGACAACGUGAAGACCUACAACACAUCCUUCAUUCCCUUGUACCACGCUGUCACCCAGAGGAAGGUGAAGUGUGUGAUGAAGCUGGUGUGCACCGGCAAGGAGGAGAAGGUGGUGGGAUUGCACAUGCAAGGGCUGGGCUGUGAUGAAAUACUGCAGGGCUUUGCUGUGGCCAUCAAAAUGGGGGCCACCAAGGCCGACCUGGACAACACCGUUGCCAUUCACCCCACUUCUGCUGAGGAGCUGGUGACACUGCGCUGAGGCUGCAGGCACGGACACCCCAGGGAUGGCGGCUGCAGCUGGGAAAAAUGUUUGAGGUGUUCUCAGAAGUGCCUUACUGCUGGGUGGGUGCCUGGAGGGUGUGUCUGUAACGUUGGUGUGGCUUGCUCUGGAGUGGGAAGUAAAGAUGCUGAUGCUGGCGAGUC